CUUCCCUUCCACUGCCUCCUCCAACGCUGCCAGCCUGGUUGACGCCUGCCUGCGGUACACCUGUGCAUUCACACAGACACACACACAAACACACAUGUUUGCGCGUGCACACACACACACAAAUGCAAGCAUGAAAUGAGGAGUGUUGCUAUGACGGAGGCGGAUUUAAAUGAAGGACAGCACAGCAGAGACAAGUGGUGUGGAGGAGUCUCACACACAGGGGCAAGAACAUGACUUGAAGAUGAGCUGUCCUCAAACUAAGUCAGAAGAGAAGGAUUGUCCUCACCCAGAGGAAUUGGAGUGUAAAAUCUGUUACCAGCGCUACAAUGCACACAACCGGAAGCCUAAGAUCCUGGACUGCUUACACAGAGUCUGUGCCCGCUGCCUCGUUAAGAUCCUGGACAUUGUUGAUGGAGCAAGCUGCAUCCUGUGUCCCUUUUGCCGACACCAGACUGAAAUUACAGAGUACCAAGUCUCUGCUUUGCCUGAUGAUGUUAACAUCAUGUCCUGUUUGACUAUGCAGGACAAAUCUUGUAGCUUUGACCAGAACAGGGAGGUGGUCCUAACCCCAAAGAGUCUCUCCUCCACCAGCCCAUCUCAUGACUCCUCCAACUGCUUGGUUAUCACUAUAAUGGAGGUUCAGAGGGACUUGCAGCCCUCUCAAAGCCAGAAUGGCAGCUCUGAAAUCUAUGCUGAGCACAGCCUGGACUCUGUAUCAAUAGGCUCCAAUGGACCAGCUAAUCAUGAUACCCUGUCCAAGUUCUGUAACCACGUCCCACGCAUCUUGGUCUGGUUGCUGGGUUUCUUAUAUUUUGGUUCGCUGCCUCUAGGAAUCUACUUGCUAGUGAUCCAGAGAGUGACUCUAGGAAUUGUGUGUGUUAGCUUAGUGCCGUCAAGCCUGACAGUUUGUUUAGUGUAUGGGUUUUGCCAGUGCUUGUGUCAGGGCAUGUGUGACUGCUUCGCCAGAGGCUGAUGGGAUAAAAACUGGUGGUCCAAUGGAUGAGAAUGAAGACUACUUAAGAACACAGGAAGCUAGAAGGCUCUGUGAAUAAAUAAAAGCCUUAAGUUGAGUACGAUAUCCUCCUCUGCAAAGGCUUAGUAACAAGCCUUAAAGGCAGCUGUCUUCAUGUAAAUACAAAGCUGGUGAGACAAUAUAAAAAGACUAUCUUCAAAAAUGUGCUGUGCUUUUUAUAUGCCUACAACUGCAACUGAGACACCAGCUUAGACCAUGAGGAACAGAGCCAGUGGUGGCCUACAGUAUACCAACAAUUACGUGAUGUGUCUGUUUAAUUGUUCUGUAUUGUGCAUUUAACCUGGUCCAUAGCAUUUAGGAGAAGAACCAGUAUUUCACAUUUAGGAAGGAGAGUCCAAACCAUUGUCCAAGUCCUUAUUCAUUAACUUUGUAUACCAAAAUAGGUCCUGAAUGCAAAUAUUUUAUGUAAGAGACUUACACCCUCUCCUAUCAGGUGCACAUAAUGGUAGGACAUAAACAAGAGAUUUUGGCUUCACUUCACAAAACUACAAUAAAUAUAAGUUGAUGAUGGACAAACAUUUAUUUUAAAACAUUUCUAAACUAAUAAACAAAUGACAUUGGCACUCAUAUAAUCAGCCAUAGGAACAAUAUGUAUGAUAUUAAAAACUAAUCAAAGUGGUGAUGUUAAAAAUUUGGUUACAGAAUGAACAUUAAAGGAAAAAGUUGUGGCUUUUAUGAUUUGAAGCGUUUUGGCUAUAACAAAACCUUUCAAACACUGCUCAUUAGGCUGAGUAACUGAUGGUGUGGCAAACUUGGCUUUCCAACUUCUGUUAUUUAUUAAUGGUACAGCAGGAGCUCAGGAGGAAGAGUGGCUUGUCCAGUAAUCGAAAGGUUGCAAGCUUGUUCCCGACUCCCACCAGAGAAUUCUGCUGUUGUGUCUUGGGCAAGACACUUGCCUGCUGGUGGUGCUCGGAGGGACUGAUGAUACCAGUGUUUGGCAGGCCAAACACUGGCAUCACUCUGUCCGUGCACCCCAGGGUAGCUGUGGCUACAUCGUAGCUCAUCAUCACCAGCGUGUGAAUAUGUGUGUGAAUGGGUGAAUGACUGAUUGUGUUGUGAAGCGCCUUGGGGGGGUGGUAGAGCCCUAAGAAGGCGCUAUACAAAUAAAGGCCAUUUAGCAUUAAUCCACACAAGAGUUUUCCAUGGGCAGAAAAAUAAUUUUAAUAUACAUUUCCAUCCAUCCAUCCAUUUCCACCCGCCAAUCUGGGGUUGGGUCGCGGGGGCAGUAGCCUAAGCAGAGAGGCCCAGAAUUCCCUUUCCCCAGCCCCACCAACUGCUUAUUUCAGCUGUUUGUAUCCACAAGCUCAUUCUUUCAAUCACUACCAAAGGCUCUUGACCAUUAGCCUGGUAAGCCAUCCUAUAUAUGAUUUGCUUCUGCAUUCUAGGCUACAUGACCUAGGGAGGGUACUGAGGGUAGGAAUGUGGAUCGACCAAUAAAUUGAAAGCUUCACCUUCCAACUCAACUCUCUCUUUACUGUGACAGACCGGUACAACGCCCGCAUCACUGCAGAUGCAGCAACAAUCCGCCUGUCGAUCUCGUGUUCCAUCAUUCCCUCACUCGCGAACAAGACCCCGUGAUACUCCUCCACUUGGGGCAGGACCUCAUCCCUGAUCUGGAGAAGGCAUUCUGCCCCUUUCUGACUCAAGAGCAUGGUCUCAGAUUUAGAGGCGCUGAUCCUCAACCCAGCUGUUUCACACUCAGCUGCAAACCUCUCCAGUGAAAACUGAAGAUCUUACUCUAAUAUGUUUAUGUUUAUUUAUUUGGUAGAUGCUUUUAUCCAAAGCGGCUUACAAUUUAUAACCUAUAGGGCAUGUUGUGAUCUGUGGGGGAAACCGGAGUACCCGGAGGAAACCCACGCAUGCAUGGGGAGAACACGCAACUCCAUGCAGAAAGGCCGUAGCCGAGUUUCGAACCUUCAACCUUCGUGCAGUGAGGCAACAGUGCUAACAACUGUGCCACCAUGCAGCCAACAAAACCACAUCAUCUGCAAAAAGCAGAGACCUGAUGUUUAUGUUUAUGUAUUUAUCAGACGCUUUUGUCCAAAGGGACUUACAAGUGAUAAUGAAGCCAGCAGGUUGCCCUUGAGGCUAACAACAAACACUAAUCAUUCAACCUUAGCUGGCAACUUUUCUGUUGUCACAUCAUUCUCCGAUAUCCUCUAGCAAUCACUUAAAAACCUUUAGAGCACAAUUUUGAUGACAGAGGAACCUGAAAUGAUAUUAAAAAAAUCAUAUUUUGCCAAUUUGGUGAAAGAAAAAGGUUGGGAAAGCACAUUUUGAGUAUUUUAUUUUGUGUGUUUUAGUUUUCUAAUGUUUGGGAUAGAAAUUAACAAAUGUAACUACAUACUUGACCAAAAGAUUGGUUCACUACUAAAUUAACAGCAUUUUUACACCUGGAGGUUUCCCUCCACAAUACUGCAUUAUAACACACUAAUCAGCAUUAUCCACUUUUUGUCUUUGUGGUUUUAUGAUUUUUGUCAUUUCUAUCUUAUUUCACUUUUAUCACUUUCCUGUCUGUACCUUAAAUGACCAACCUACUGUAUGUUCUCCUGUGUUUCUGUGAUACAAUUUCUGUUUAGUAAAACAACUAAAUACAGAUGCUACUAGACAAUGGAAUAAACGGAGAACUAUUUUCACUACAAAUCCUGUGCUUUUGGUUAUUUCUUUCUGAUUGGGUGCCAACAAGCAGUGAAAUCAAAAUUACUAUCAUCACUGAUUAAUCGUGCCUGGUCUGAAAGAGCCGGCGUGCCGCUGUCACACAUCAGAAAUCAAUAAAUCCUACACCAGAUGGGGCUUAUUUGCAAUUUCACAGAGAACAAGAACAGCUGUGUGUUUUUCUACAAGUGGGUUCUUUAAUCCAAAUUCAUCAGUGUUGGUACAAACUGUGAUAGCCAGAUUUACUUAUAAUAGUCCGGCUGCACUGAUAAAAUAGUAAAAUCACAACAUAGCGGGCCAAGCAAAGGAGAAAUAAUGUUUUCACAUUAUGUCAUUGAGUUAUUUCUCUGAUGGUUUACAAUGGAAACAACUGACUAGACUGUUCUGAGCCUCCAAACAGAGAAACAGAAUAAAAAGAAAAGGAACCAAACCAGAGUUGCUGGCAGACCCCAGAAGAUCAGAGAGGAGAUUAAGAUUUCAUUUUCUGCCCAAGUUCACAAGAUCUGUUAAAAUGAAUCUUGUCAUGUCUUGUCAGAAUAGGCUCUGAUGGUUCAAGGCCCUGCUUUUCAUGUCUGACUGCUAAAAUGUCUCCUCUCCUUUGCAUCUGAAGGUGAAAUGGCUCAACACAAGAUGGUCAGUGUUCUGCCCAGUAGGGCUGCUCUAUUAUAGGGAAAAAUCCUAACAGUAAUUAUUUUUGGUCAGAACCUAAUUCACUAUUAUUGAACAUGUUCAAACAAAGAGUUGGGAGACCCACAGUUUAUUUUUGCUCUUUAGCCAAAAACAAAUCAGGA